GGUGUUUGUGUCACCUCGAACGGUAGAGCACUAUCGAUCUUCUGCUCGUGAAUAAGUUUUGCACCAUUUUAGCACAGCUGCGCAUGCGCAAGAGAUCGAUAGUACGUGCUGACGCUAUGGCGUGCACAAACUUCCUAGUAGAGUGCGCUACCGACAAUCCGUCGAUUUCCGCACUUUCGAUUAAUUGCUUACGUGAGGAAAAAUGGCCUGAAAACAAUGUUUUGAUUUGCAAGGUUUACAGGUUGUGUCCGUUUUGUGAUUGUUAGUACCGCUGUAUUGAAUAAAUGCUAUCAAGAAAAUGUGCAGUCGGUGUUAAAGUGUCCACGACAAAUAUCAGUUACAAAAUAAGUCUUGUUUAAGUUGUUUAGCAAACUCACAAAAUCAGUGAACGUGAAAAGUGAGGUUAAUAAUUCGUCUUCCGUGAGAAUUAAGGGUAAUAUUGAAGGAAUAUAUAGCUGCUGACGCAGAAUGGAAGUUGUCAGGAAAAAUAGGCACGAAUCUGCAUCAAGAAAGCGGAGGGAUGAUUCCAGAGAACGAUCACGAAACGUGGAAAAGAACAGCAAGCACAGUAAAAGUGCAUCACCCUAUCGUUCUAAGUCAAAACAUAAAAGCAAAAAGAAAAGUUCAAAACAUAAGCGUAAGAAGAGAUCAUCAUCAUCAUCAUCAUCAUCAUCAUCUAGUUCAGAAGAUUCGGACGAUUCCAGUUCCUCUUCAAAUUCUGUAAAACUUCUGCAGAAAUUGAGAGACGAGAGAAUCAGGCAUGCAGAAGAAAGACGCCGCCAAAAAGAACUAAUGAAAGCUACAGAAACACCUGAAGAAAAACGUUUGCGUCGUUUGUUAAAAAAAGAAGCAAAGGAACGGAAAAGAAAGGAGAGAAUGGGCUGGGAUAAUGACUAUUUGCAUUACACAAAUACUGACAAUCCAUUUGGUGAUGCAAACUUACUGUCAACUUUUGUUUGGUCCAAGAAAUUAGAUAAGGAAGGAUUAACAGGUGUGAGCCGUGAAGAAUUGGAAGUAAGAAAUCGCCAGAAACAAGAAGAAAAUCGCAGAGAAUUAGAGAAAGUAAAAAAACGCCGUCAAGAGCGAGAGCUGGAACGCCAACAACGUGAAGAAGAGAUGGCAUUGUUGCAGCGUAGCAAAGAAGCAGCACAGUUUCAGGAAUGGGAGCGACAGGAAGAUCAAUUCCAUUUGGAACAAGCGCGCUUGCGCUCGUGCAUUCGCAUUCAAGAUGGAAGAGCCAAACCUAUUGAUCUUUUGGCUAAAUACAUUAGUGCAGAAGAAGAAGUUGAUGCAGUUGAAAUGCACGAACCAUACACGUAUCUUAAUGGGUUAACAAUUAAAGACCUAGAAGAUCUUAUUGAAGACAUCAAGGUGUAUAAAGAGCUGGAACGAGGAAAAAAUCUUGAUUAUUGGAAUGAUAUCACUGUUAUAGUGGAAGAUGAAUUGCAUAAGUUGCGUAAGUUGGAGAAGCAGAGUGCGUAUGAAGCUGCUGUGGGACGCAGAGAUGGUAUUCAUCAGGCUGUAGCAAAAGAUGUAGCUGCAGUAUUUCGGGGUAAAACUGCUGCACAGUUGUCUGCAAUGCAGCAAAAUAUUGAAGCUAAGAUCAGUGGGAAGCCAGAAGGUGUUGAUAUUGGCUAUUGGGAAUCAUUACUUUCUCAGUUGAAAGCACAUAUGGCUAGAGCAAGGCUUAGGGACCGUCAUCAGGACAGUCUGCGCCGGAAAUUGGAGGUGCUGAAGGCUCAACAGGGUGUUGCAGAAGAGCCAACUGGUACCGAACUUUCUCCAGACGACAUAAAGCAAGAAAUACCUGGGCCAAGUACUGCCCCUGAUUCUGAAGAGGAAGAAGAAGAUCAAGAACAAGAGCAUGCAACAGCAGCAGAUCAAGUAGCCAUUGACAUGUUGUCAGAAAGCUUUGCUGACUAUGAGUCAGGGGGAUAUAGUCCGCAGUACCUGAGUGCCAAUCAGCUUGAUCCUGGGACCUUUGUUACCACUGAAGAGGAUGAUAUCCAAAGGCUAGCCUUUGCCAGAGCCCAAGUACAGGGUACUGGCAGUAGGGUUGAGAGUGUGAUUACAGCAGAAGAGCAGGCUCUCCAGAGAGAGGCUCGCAAAGGGAUGACAGCAGAUGAGGCUGAGUUCUCUGUCGAGACAAGUCUUGAUAGCCAAGUGUACUUGUGGUCAGAUAAGUAUAGACCACGGAAGCCCAGAUAUUUCAAUAGGGUUCACACUGGAUUUGAGUGGAAUAAAUACAAUCAAACCCACUAUGAUAUGGACAACCCACCACCUAAAAUUGUGCAAGGAUACAAAUUCAAUAUAUUUUAUCCAGAUCUCAUUGAUAAAAAUACUACUCCAGAAUAUUUCUUAACUCCUUGCAGUGAUAAUAGAGAUUUUGCAAAUUUAAGAUUUCAUGCUGGGCCACCAUAUGAAGACAUUGCAUUUAAAAUAGUGAAUAGGGAAUGGGAGUAUUCCUAUAAACGAGGAUUUCGAUGUCAAUUUCAUAAUAAUAUCUUCCAAUUGUGGUUUCACUUCAAACGUUAUCGUUACCGAAGAUAACAGUCUAGCAUUUUAUUAUUUUGUAAUCAUUUGCUUAAUGAUGUGAGAUCAGAAAUAAUUUCAUUACUUCUAGUACAUUUAUUUGGACACAUUGUAAGCUGUGUAUUUUAAUUUGUUAUUGUAAAUAUAAUCAUGUAAAUAUUUAUUGAAAAAACUGCAAGUUAAGAACAGCUCUUGUAAUGAAUAUGACUGAAGGUGAUUUAUAAUAAAAGAUAAGAAUCUUUCAGAACCUUGCAAUAUUAAUUCUAGCAUACUAACUACUAGCAAUUUUAUUCACUGGUAAUCUUUCUUCCCUUGAGCAAUCAACUAAAGUCGAACGAUGUUGAAAUACCCUAUGAACAGUAAGAAGAGAUCUUGGUGCUGCAGGACUUUCUGCAACAAGGUCAAGAAAUAAAGCGAAAAUAACACCAUGGCUAAGGAAUGGCUGCAAUGGGCAAAAGGAUUGCAGAUCAAUGUUAACAUCAGUUGGGAAAACAUAAUAAACAUGAAAUAUCUCCUUAGUAA